AUGGAGAGGGACAAUCGAGAGUAUGAACAUGUCACUGUGAAACAGGCACUGAGAUACUGGGCUGAUUGGAAGAUUGGUGUUUUUAUGAUCUGUUACUUCAUCAGUUCUUCAAGCAGCUACUCAGUCGCCUUCUUCAUGCCCGUGAUCCUGUCAGACGGCAUGGGUUUCGACUACUCUACCACCCUACUUCUGUCGACACCCCCAUGGGUAGGACUCCCCAAAGCCAACUGGUCGGACCGGUAUAAACUCAGAUGGCCAGUUUUAGUGUUCCAGUGUCUUAACGCCGUCGUAGGCCUCCUGCUCAUUCUUUAUGUCAAGGUUGUAGGUGUAAGACUAUUUGGUGUAUUCCUUGCCACAUACGGAGCACAAUCCAAUGUCCCAACCUUGUUAACCUAUGCUCAAAACAACACGGGUGAUCCUUCCAGACGUGGGGUUGUGUCUGCAGCAGUCCUGACAGCUGGCGCUAUCGGAGGAGUUUGUGGUAGCACGAUUUUCCGCUCACAAGAUGCGCCUCAGUACUUCCCCGGGAUGUGGACGAGCAUUGGCAUGCAGUUACUUUACAUAGUUCUGGUUGCCCUCAUGGCAUUAUACUACAGGCAUCAGAAUAAACUAUUGGAUCUGGGAAAGGUGACAGCACCUCAAGGGCUGGAAAGCUUCAGGUACACACUGUAG